AUGUUUGACGCUGAUGGAGGCGGUGACAUCAGCACCAGGGAACUGGGGACCAUCAUGAGCCGGCUGGGUAUGAACCCCUCCCGGGCAGAACUCAACGACAUCGUUCACGAGGUAGACGCCGACGAAUUCAAGUUGGCGUUUGACAUGUUUGACGCUGAUGGAGGCGGUGACAUCAGCACCAGGGAACUGGGGACCAUCAUGAGCCGGCUGGGUAUGAACCCCUCCCGGGCAGAACUCAACGACAUCGUUCACGAGGUAGACGCCGACGGCAGCGGCACUAUUGACUUUGAGGAGUUCUUGGAGAUGAUGGUUCUGUACAUGGCGGUAGAGAAAAAAGAACUGAACGAAGAGGAGGUCCGAGCAGCUUUCCGCAUUAUUGACAACAACAACGACGGUUUCAUCAGUAUGGUAGAAUGGAAGGAGUAUCUGCUGUCCUGUGAUGAGCCCCUGACUGAACAGGAGAUGCAGGAGCUCAUGGACGAUGGUGAUGUCAACAGAGAUGGCAGGCUGGACUUUGAUGAAUUCAAGGACAUUCUGAUGGCUUUCAACAUCUCAUGGUGACCCAAGAGAAGCAGACACUUGUUUAUGAACAUCUGACGGUUAUUACCAAGCUAAUCACGGAUUUUUUGUACUGCUUUUGUAGGUUAUUAGAGUUUGUAGACUACUGGGUUGUUGUUGAGGUAGUAAUAUAAAGCUCAUAAUGUAUUAAAGCAUAUAAAACAUACCACCGGUACAUACUACCUUUCUGGAACUUACUGGCCCUGAAAUAUUCCGUGAAUUGCAGCGAUGCAAUUGCUGAGAGAUGGCUCCAGAAUAAAAGAUAUUAGUAUAAUUAUACUACUUCCAAGUGGUUCAAAAAUUCUGAACAAUAUUAAUAGUUGGGCCUUUGCUUUUGUACAUGUGCAUAUUAAAGGUUGUGGCACAUUACUUUCGAUUUUGAAUAGAUUAACAACUUAUAUCAAAUCAUUGGGAAUGUCGGCCUUUUCAUCUUCUACAGUUGAAUAUCGUUGCCAACAUCUGGCUAAAAUCUGCUGAUUCUCAAACUAAAGCUGUCUGUACAAUUUGAUGCUGACCAUGACGUAAGGAUGUAAGGAGACUGGCUGCUGGAACGCUCCGACUGCCUCGUGUGUCGGAAUACACAGGGACCCUGUCUACAUGUACGUCAUAACGCAAGGCAGCAUUUCACUGGGAUUGCAUCUGGGUACUCAGUAAGGCAUAGACAGGACGAUCAAUAGAGGUUCAGUGUAACUGCAACUAAUCAUACUGCAUACAAUGUGUAUAGAUGUUCACCAUCUAUAUCGAAUAUUAUACAAAUGUCCGAAUGAUUAGUUGUCAAACUGGGCAGUAUCACCCAGACAGUAAUGUAUGAUCUGUACGUGUGCCCUGAACCACAUUUACGCAGGUGGUGUUGCUUGGUAUUUGGGGCACCAAUUAACUGUUUUCAAAGUUCUGAUGAAUGUUAAUACCAGUGCAGGCCCGGACUUUCAAGUCUGCCAUGUUGUAAACUGGCCGCUAUAGAUUUCUAGGUGUAAACGUUUACGCGAAGAAGUUAUUUUUAAUUCACCGCUUCUGCUUGAUAAGAGCUUAAUGGGCAUUUGUAUCCUUAUCAGCAUGUUGCAAACAAUAAAGAAUUUACGUGGACUAGUUGUCAACUUAUAUUUGUUUUAUCAGCUCUAUGGCAGAGAUUAGAGCACUGUUCUAUAAAUAAAUGUGCAGCGGCCCGCCUUGCAUUUGGUAAGGCAAAGACUAAAUAUAAACAAGAGUUCUGAGAUCUCAUACCUCCAUGAAAUAUGGGCUUGCAUUGUCAUAGUUCAUUUCAACAUGUCC